AAAAAUACUAUUGGAGAGUGAGAGGUAUUUUAAAUUAGAUAUUCACUUUGUAUGUCAUUCAUCCAAGACCGGUAGAGUAAGGCAGUAGAAAAAGAAGAAGAGAAAACUAAAAAAUAAACUUACAAGAGUAACCAUUACCAUCUAUUAAAAAAAAGAAAAGAACAAUUACCAUUUCUAUGCAAAAACAACAACAGGGACAUUUUGGUGGUAAGUUAGUCCAAUAACCAUAGCCUUUUCUUCCACUAGCAAUCAUAACUUGCAGAAAUAGUGGCUGCUCUGUUCAUGGCUGAGACAGCAAAUACCACUGGCUUCAACACCAGCGAAUCAUCAUCAUCAUCGUCAUCACCAUCACCAUCAUCAUGUCCUAUGAUAAACAUAGCUCAAGACCAUCUCUUCACAAUCUUACUUCUACUUCCAAUAGAUUCAAUUCUGUCAUUUGGCAUGACCUGCAAGAGAUUCACGUCUUUAACGAGUUCUGAUGCACUCUGGGAAUCCAUUUGCAAGAGAGAUUGGGGACCCACGUCGGUGGAUGCACUCAAGAAUCAACACUUUCCAUGGAUGAGGCUAUACAAGCAGGUCUCACUGCUUGACACUAUUUCUUGCCACAAAUUAUCUGACCCAGAUACUGAUUCCCUACUUCCAAGCCCCAGGGCCUCUCACUCUCUCAACUUUAUCUCCGAUUGCUUGGUUUUGUUUGGUGGUGGCUGUGAGGGAGGACGCCAUCUUGAUGACACAUGGGUGGCAUACAUAGGGAAUGAGUUUCCAAGGACAUUCAAGUGGCAGAAGGUUGACUCAGGAGUUCCUAGUGGACGAUUUGGGCACACGUGUGUCGUCAUUGGCCAUCUGCUUGUUCUCUUUGGAGGAAUCAAUGACCGGGGAAUCCGUCAGAAUGAUACAUGGAUUGGGCAACUAAUCUUCAGCGAUAACCUUUGUAUCUCGCUCUCGUGGAGGUUGCUCAGUGUUCAAUCCCUUGCCCCACCAUCGCGAGGGGCUCAUGCUGCUUGUUGCAUUGAUCAAAGGAAGAUGGUUAUCCAGGGUGGAAUUGGGCUAAAUGGCCUUAGAUUGGGCGACACCUGGGUUUUGGAACUUUCAGAAAAUCUUUGUUUUGGAACAUGGCAUGAGCUUGUCAUUCAUCCAUCACCACCACCUCGUUCAGGGCACUCACUAACAUGCAUUGGGGAACCUGGAUUGGUUUUAUUUGGUGGAAGAGGAUUGGGUUACGAGGUGCUAAAUGAUGUUUGGUUGUUGCAGAUGUCUGACGGUCAGUUAAAAUGGGUACAGAUGCUCUAUGAAUUGCAAAAUAUACCUGAAGGAGUAUCACUGCCACGAGUUGGUCACUCAGCUACACUAACUUUGGGGGGCCGUGUGUUAAUUUAUGGAGGUGAAGAUUCAUACAGACAUAGGAAGGAUGACUUUUGGAUGUUAGAUAUUAGUUCAAUGAUAUCCACUCAAAUGCUGCCAACUGCACUGCGGGCAAAUAUGUGGAAACGGCUCAAGGCAAAGGGUUAUAAACCCAAUCGCAGGUCAUUCCAUCGGGCCUGCGGAGAUCAUUCAGGGCGUUACUUGUAUGUGUUUGGUGGAAUGGUGGAUGGCGUACUUCAGCCUGCUGAAGCAUCUGGGUUGAGGUUUGACGGGGAGCUCUUUCUUGUAGAGCUUGGGACUCUGCUUUAAACAGAAGCAGAAGGUACUAAGGCUAGCAUGGAGUACAUUCAGAACGUCCUCCUAUCAUUUGCUUAAUCUUGCAUAUGGUAGUUCUCUCAUGUACCUCAUCAUAUUCUGUACAUAUCUUUCAUGCAUCGAUGAUUAUUAGUAGUAAGUGGCUUCAUAGGGCUUGUCUAUGAUCUUGAAACAAUCUUCUCUAAGAACCAGGAAAAUUUUAACUCA